GCGGUACGGACCCGCGGAGCAGAGCCAAAAGCGAGCGAGUCAGUGUGGCAUGAGCCAGUGGCGAGGGAGGCUGUACUGCUCCACUCCGCUGCAUUUUGUUUGUGAACCCCGUUGGGGGAGGUCUGCCCUUUAACUUUCGGCGUCUCCAAACCUCAUGCGACCUCGUGCCGGUGUUGUUGUUAGGUGAACCACGCGCGUCACGGAGGGGAAAAUGCAUCUAUACUGUCCGAGGUGAAAAAGUUUUCGACAGAAAUAAACUUGGAAGAGUGAGAGAGCGUCUCGUAGAGGGAGUGUUGAACGUGUACCUGUGUGUUUACCCUGACCGUCCUGCCUCGGCCCUCCCGCUCACGCCUCUAGAUAUGACCAGAGUCACCCGAGGGAUUAGUAGCGUGAAGAGUGCGUGUCAGGCGUCGGGCACAAGCUAUGGCCCCACUGUGCCUCCUUGAGAAAAGUACAAAUUAAGAGUAAAGUGGAUUUGAGAAGCAGAAAAAAAAAGUUGAUGGUCACAGCAAGGACGCUGGGAGGCCGAAGGCGUGAAUAUUGCAUCUUGUGAGAGGCGUGCGUGGCGAGGCCGAGAGGCGCGGCGGCCGAGCGACGAGGAAGUAUGAGGGUCCGCGUGUCGCCGUGGCUGCCCUGGUGGACCUUCUGCUGCGUGUGUCUGCUGCAGAGCGGAGUGACAGAGGCCAAGAGACACAGGCGGCCAGACUACUGCGAGGAUAUAGAGGGCAACAAGGAAGGAUCGUUUCUGUGGAUGGUGAAGCGUGACCCGCCGUCCUACUUCUUCGGCACCAUCCACGUGCCGUACACCCGCGUCUGGGAGCACAUCCCCAACAACACCAAGCGCGCCUUCCGCCUCAGUGACAACGUUUUCUUCGAGCUGGACCUCACAGACCCCUACACCGUGUCCGCCCUCACCACCUGCCAGCUUCUUCCCAGGGGGGAGAACCUAUCUGACGUGUUACCUGGCGAGCUGUUCACGAGACUCAAGCGACAUCUGGCCUACGUGAAGACUCAGAUGCCGCGCUGGAUCACGCAAGACCAACGCGGCCGAGGUCUUUAUGCUGACUACCUCUUCAACGCCAUUACCGGUAACUGGGAGAGGAAGCGACCAGUGUGGGUGAUGCUGAUGGUGAACAGCCUGACGGAGAGUGACAUCCGGAGCCGCGGGGUGCCGGUGCUAGACCUGUACUUGGCGCAGGAGGCGGAGCGGCUAACCAAGCAGACAGGAGCCGUGGAGCGUGUGGAGGAGCAGUGCGUGCCCCUCAACGGCCUCAACUUCUCCCAGGUUGUGUUCGCGUUGAACCACACACUGGCGCAGCAGGAGAUCCUAAGGGAGGGGGACGGGCGCCUCACCUACACAACGGACCACCUCAUCACCCACUACAACUGCGGGAACCUGGACGCUGUUAUAUUCUCGCAAGACACGACCCAGGUAGUCCCGCAUUUGGGCAACACGUCCCUGCCCCCCGUGGACGCCGCCAUCGCCACGCACAUCGACGAGUACUUCAGGGAGGAACUCAUUUAUCGCCGUAACAAGCGCAUGGGACACAGAGUCGUGGAGAUCCUGCGCGCCAACCCUGACCAGAGCUUUUUCUUCGCGUUUGGCGCUGGUCACUUUCUUGGGAACCACACGGUGCUGGAUGUGGUGCGAGCAGCGGGCCUGGCGGUGCAGCACGUGGGGCCCGAGACGAGGAUCAAGAGACACAAGCGGAAGCGAGGGGGCCACAGGGGCGGACUGGUGCCGGAACCCUCGGUGCUGAAGGACUUCACGAGCACCCUCGACGCACGCCACCAGCACGACCCUGCCUUUGCCAAGUUCCUGUCGGAGCAGACUGCGGGGGGAGGGAACAGGUGGCGCAUGGGCACCCCCACCACCACCCAACCCUUCAGGAAGCACGCCCAGUUCAACGACCUCUGGGUCAGGAUAGAUCCCGAGCCGCCGAUGUCUUAUGAUCAGCACUCGUCUGACUACCACGAGGCAACGACUAACGAGCCAGUGGACCCCCGCGACGAGGAGCUGGUGCGGGAGUCCCUCAGGGUGUGGUACGGCCUGCCCGCCGCCACACGCUCCGCCUCACCCCGCACCGCCCCUCCUGCACCCACCGUCCUGCUGCUACUGCUGCUGCUAAGUGUCCUCCUCGCGACCCGCCUGUCACUACCUCAGCCACUAAACUUCUCCUGCCGGUGAUGUCAGAGUGCCGCCCGCAGCUCCGCUCUCCUCGGCAGUACAAGUCCAGCUGCCGCCUGCCACACGCGGACUCCAGGCUGGGUUGGCGGCGCCGUCCCGUACUUUGCCGUCAGCUGCUGCCACCACUUGGAUAGCUGUCCCUAGACUGCUAACAAAUUUUAUAUGUUCAUUAGGAAAGGAGUGUUUAUAAAGUGUGUAAAAUAAGUUUUGGCUUGCUUGACGAACAGCUGUUCACAAAGAUAAUAAACAGUACAGCACACGCUUGCCAACAGAUGAGUGUGACACGCUGAUGUAAUGUCUGCGCCAGCCUAUGUCAGGACUGGGCUGCUGCCUUCGCCGGGUGUCAAGGGUGUCUGUGUCAGGAUGCCGUGCUUUGACAGGAAACGAGUGUGGGUAAUAGGUAAAGGCUACUCAUUUGUUAAUGUGACAGGAAAUACUAGAGCUAUAAAAAAAAAUAUCAUGACUUACUCUCCCAAUCUUUGGCAAGAAAAUCACGAUGGAUGCCGCUUCUUGAUUCAUCCGUCCUCUGUGUGUAAAGCAUAACCGUGUUCGCCUGAUUCGCCGUGGCCUGGUGGUUGCUUGGACCUGCAUGGCGUGAGCUGAGUAUUUAGGUGUCUUCCAAAUUUGUUGUGGAACUGAAAUAUUCGGAAAGGAACAAUCCGAUUUUUUCUCUUUUGUUUUCAUAAGAACAAUGGUCAGACUUACUAUGGUAAGCCCGUGGAUCUGUGCUUAUCAAUGAGUGCUUAUACAUUUACAUAAAACUGUGUCGCCCAACGGCUGCUGACUGCCGAAGUGCGUGCGUCCCUCAGUACAGAUCUGGCUGAUGGAUCUGAAUAAAUGGUGUGGUGAGAAGGCCAGCCGAGUGCUUCACUCUGCCAGACUUGAAGCUGUAGUCUUGGGACACUCCUCGCGAAAACCGAGAGCAAAAAUAAGAGAGAGUAUACCAGGCGCCAGGCCAGCGAAAAAAAAAAAAAAUUAUAAUAGCAAAUAGAUUAAUAAAAUAAGCAAGUCCAACUGAUGUUACUGGACGGCUGGUGUUGAUGGAAUACGUGCCAUAGGUAGUGGUGGAGGCAUGGCUGUGCUACUGCCGGGGUUGUGGCUAAACCUGGCAUGCAGUAUCCCAGCAGGUUUCCUCGCCACCCGGCAAUGAGGCGAGGUGAACUGUCAAGUGUUGGCAUUUGACUAUCUUUCCUUAUUCCCUUUCUGUUCCAUGGGGAGCCUUUCCCAUACCCCUUUGUAUGCGGUAACCACGGGCUCCGUGGCUGAAUGUAAGUGUAAAUAAAGAUCCUCGCGUCGUCCGGGCCGAGACUGUGCCGGAGCCGUAGCACCACAGGAGGCGCUGCGCUGCUCGCCAAGAAGCACUUUGGUUAAGGCUGUCUAUGUUUUUCUCGCUUCUGUGGCGCUGUCAGACGGGCGUGGGUACAGCUGUGAUGCCCCACAUUGGGGCGAGGACUGUAGGCCCGUGUUAUAUACCUCAGGACAAGCGGGGCCGCGUAAAUGUGUAUAUUUGCAUAUUCGUAAUACUAACUUAUGUGUAGACGUUUUUUCCUUUAUGCAUGAAACAUAUUUUUCUCGUGUAUUUUUUCGUGUGCUUAAUAUGGAUGAAUGUCAUAAUUUAGUUCCCACUUCAAAUGUUUUCAUAAAUAACAAAUUCUAUAAGAAUUCAUCGAUUUAGUGCCUCUGGCAGGACGAGUUUGAGGAACACAUGAUUAUGAAUAUUAAACUUGACUAAGGAAAAUAUGGGUAAUGGGGAAAAUAUAUAUACAAAAUACAAACAAAAGAGGCAUAAUAGUGCACAUGAGGUCUGUGGCGGCUCCGUCCUGCCAACGCUUCUGGGACAGCAGGCGAGAGAAGGCGUCCCUCCUGUCAGAUGAGAGACUCGUCAGUUCCAUGUUGGUCUGCCCUCGCACACCCACACAGCAGGGAGCAGUGAAGGAUGUCUGUGAUGCGUCCUCAGUGCUGAUUUGCAAAAUUAUCAUGGCUUGUCAUGUGAGAAAUAAAAGCUGGAUUAUACGUAACUUACAUAUUAAUUAAUGCCAGGGUGACAUAUUUUGUGUAAUGGUAUCCAGAAAAAUAAUGGUUCUUAUAGACUUGGUCACGCUUAUCAACUUGGUGUCUCAAAUUGAUUUUUAAUGUGAAAUAUUUCCUUGUGUGUAAUUUGAUUAGGAAAAAAAAUGUAUUAUUCUCAGUAAAAGUCAUAAUGCAU